GUUGUGUUAAUUAUUUACACUUCUAAUACAUAUAAACAAUCCAUUUACAUUUUAGCAUUUGUUUAAUCUAACGUGGCAGAUUUUCACCUUACAAAAAUAUUCAAACAUUAUACCAUAAGGCCUAUUGUUUAUUUAGAGAUGCAUCUGACAAAAUUGUACUAAUGAAGUAUAAUCCAAGAAAUAUUUAUUAGGACCAUAUACUCAAUGUGUUCUUUGUUUCUAGUCAACAUGUUGAGAAAGAAAAGAAUUAAACCUGAACAGGAUGCCAAAGAGCAUGUGUUGCCAGGCAAAGACAAAGCCUUCAUUGAGAAACGAUACAUCAACGCAUAUAAAGGGAGAGGUGUGUUUGCACUUAAACACAUUGAAUCAUCCACAUUUGUUGUAGAAUAUCGUGGAAUACUGUGCCAAAGUAAAUAUGUUGAUGACGUUAAAGGCAACUACUUGUUCGAUUUCACAUGGAAUGGAGCACAUUAUUGCAUAGAUGCUUCAAAAGAGGAUGGAUCGCUAGGACGACUGGUGAACGAUGAUCACAAAAAUCCAAACUGCAAAGUCAAGACGGUUGUUGUUGAGGGAAAGCCACACCUGUGUCUUUUUAGUCUAAGAGACAUUUGUCCAGAUGAAGAAAUUACUUACAAUUAUGGGGAUUCCUCUUGGCCCUGGCGUUCAGUAGAAUUGUGUGAUGAGAUAUCUGUGGCCGUGGAUGAAUCCAUUGAGGGUCCUUCCUCAUCAAGAAAAGAGAAAGAAUUGUGUGAUGAGAUAUCUGUAGCCGUGGAUGAAUCCAUUGAGGGUCCUUCCUCAUCAAGAAAAGAGAAAUGCCAUCAUGAACUUCAUUGUGCAGUAAUAUCCAGUUUGGAUUCUUGUGUAAAUUGCAGUGGACCCGUUUCUAGUCGAAAAUGGCUUGGCUUAACAUGCAAAUUGUGUUCAAGAUCAUGGCACAAAACCUGCUUCAUGAAGAAUGAGAAAUUGAUGGAUGUUACAUUUUCCAGUUCUGAAGAAAGCAGUUCUGAUGAAGAGUAUACUCCUCAUGCUGAAAACAGCAUUGAUGAAUCCUCUGAUGAAUUUAUCCCAGAUUCAAGACAAAACAGCGACAGUGGUGAUAGUCUAACUAUCAAUACAAGGAAUCCACCAUAUUGUAAGACCACUCAACUGUUUUCAGAGUCUAAGAAGGCAAAGAGUGUGUCUCAACCCACUCACUGUUCAUCCACUGAGCAAGAUAUGGUUAGUGACAAAUCCAGCUCUGCUCAAGAUCUCGUAUGUAAUGAUCACGACACUACCACAAGGAAUACGGAGAUGCUCCAGAGUUUUAAGAAAACACCAAAAGAGUCUUGUGAUAAACAGUCAAACCUCAAAGACACCUUUUCCACCCACAAAAAUUACUGUUAUGUGUGCAAGAAACCUCAGUCUAAAAUUGCCCGUCACUUUAAAAAGCAUGAAGACAGUGAAACGGAAAUUGCGGCUGCAUUUCUGCUUCCUAAACACUCCAAGGACAGAAAAAGGUUACUUGAGAAGCUUCGAAACAGAGGCAACUAUGAACAUAAUCAAGAGGUUAUGGCGAAUAAGAGUGGACCACUGAAGGUUAGAAGACGACCAGUAAGAUCCGAGAUCGAAUUGAGUACCAAAACAUAUGUGCACUGCAUAUACUGUAAAGGCCUGUUUGUUCGCAAGGAGUUGUGGCGCCAUACACGGAGAUGUCCUUCAAAGAUUUGUUCCGAAUCUGAAGCAACUGGUAAGGCCAAAGUUCUAGUUUUGGCUGAUAUUGCAGAGUCAACAUUCUCUCAAGCAAUCUCUCCUGAAGUGUGGAAAAUCUUGGGAAAUAUGAAGAAUGAUGACAUUUCAUCUGUUGUUCGAAAUGAUUUUCUCAUACUGCAGUUGAGUCAGAGUCUUUACAACAAACACGGAAGUGAUCCAACAAAAUUUGAAUACAUCAGACAGAAGGGCCAUCGCAGGAGAGGAUGA